UUAACAUAUAUCAAAUUGUUUUCUGGCCCCUGGGUAGAAACCCUCUGUGAGAGAAAAAAAAGAAGAGGGAGAAGACAGGAGGGCUUGUGAGUGCGUCAGAUACCCUGUGAGAGAGUUGGCCCAGUUAAACUUCCCUGCCACAUAUGUCAAACGGUCUUGUUUGCAAAGGCUAGUGUUUAAGUGUGGAUCUGCUGAGCUUCUCAUCUCCUAGCUGGCUGCUUUACUCUGCUCUACUCUGCUGGGCUUGAAUAACUGAUAAAGAAGUCUACUAGAACCAUGUGCUGUCAGAACCCCAUCCAGAGGGUAGAGAUGGGUGCUGCUCAGCUCCUCUUCGCUGCCAUCUUCUGGUCAAUGCCUUACACUGGAGCUGCUGCUGUGCUGUCUCUGUCCAAAUCCAACCAGACAGACCUUCUCCAACUAACUAGGCCUGCCUUCGAGGCAGAGUCUGACUGGAGUAAUCUGAAUCUUACUAGCAUCCACGUGCCUCGUAGCCGAAGGAGGAGAGCCAUCUCCUCCAGAGAAAUGAAUGCCUUGUUGGAUUAUCACAACCGUGUCCGCUCCCAGGUCUCCCCUCAAGCUGCCAACAUGGAGAUCAUGGUGUGGGAUGGGAAACUGGCAAAAUCAGCAGAUUCCUGGGCCUCCCGCUGCAUAUGGGAUCAUGGACCCUCACAGACCAUGAGAUAUAUGGGCCAAAACCUGUCCAUCAACUCUGGCAGAUACCGAUCAGUCAUUGAGCUGGUGAGGUCCUGGCAGGAUGAGAAAAACUCCUUCUCCUACCCCAACACAUGCAGUGGACCAGUUUGUUCCCACUAUACACAGAUGGUAUGGGCCAAUACCAACAGGAUGGGAUGUGCCAUCAACAAGUGCUCAAACAUGAACGUGUAUGGGAGCUCUUGGAGAACAGCAGUGUUCCUGGUUUGCAACUACUCUAUCAAAGGGAACUGGGUCGGAGAGGCUCCCUACAAGAGUGGCAAACCAUGCUCUGCUUGUCCAUCAAAAUAUGGAGGUUCGUGUAACAGAAACCAGUGUUCCUCCGCUGGUUCAAAAGCCAAAGCCAAGAAACGGAAAAGAUAUUAAAACAUUUUGGCCGUCAGUCACAUUUUCCCUGUUUUAAUGGAAGACUUUAAAUAAUUAACUGUUUCUGUUGAACCAUUCCAUUGAUCUCAUAAAAUAACAACUGCAAGAGAAGAUGU